GCAGGUACUCACAUACCGGCAUACGUAGUAUCUACUGUAUCUUAACCUAGGUUAAUAGCAAGUACCGCACCUGGGUAAAAAGCAAUAUCUUCACUAAAAAAUUCAAGCCGUCCAUUUGAAACAUCUGAUCUUGUUAUACCACACCAUCCAUCCAUCCAUCAAAACCAUCAGCCAUCGACUACUACAUACCCCAGCUGCCCACGCGAGCUAAGCAGGCAUGCGAAAAUAUCCACGAGUUGCCCUGCCACGAGGGGAAUGAAUCCCAUUCAUGUAAUGUAGUUAAUCCUCAAUCUCUGAAAUGAAUGAUUGCCGAGACCUGCGGUGCUGCUAGAGCGGGAACCAUCCCAUCAGUGGGCCUGGCCGCAGCUAUCGCAGCCUGCAUUUGCAGUGCCGAUCUUUCUUGUUCUUCAAUCCUUCCUCUCCAAUUUUUUUUCCAGUUCGUUCGUUCUUUCUUUCUGUACGACGGAAGUUUGGCUUGCUUGCUUGCUUACUGGGUGACGGUCCCGGCAAAUGUGCGAUGAAAGCAGGUUGAGAGGAGAGACAUCUUGGAUCUAUGUAUCUCGCUGUGUUCCAGGUUAUUAUUAGGCUUCUGUAACUGUGCGACGCAAGCUGUACGUAGGGAGUAACUAAACUACCUCACCUACAUAAAGUAUUUCCAUACAUACAUACAUAGGACAUACGAAUACACGCAUGCAUAUAGAUUGUAGCCGGCAAGCCUUGCAUGGAGGAUUUCGGCAGGUACGCGACCGACAUGCCCAGACUCCAGUAUAAUAGAUUAUCCUC